AUGCUGAACCUACCGUAUUCUUACACCACGUUAGCGCUGUUCGUUGUAGGCCUAGAGCUGCUGCGGCGGGUGCUGAAGGCGCUAAUCUUGGGGUUUACUGGUCCCCUGUCCAAAGUUCCAGGGCCGUUCUGGAACAAAUUAUCACCGCUACCAUGGCGUUUGGCAUUCCUGAAGGGCACUGCACCUUUUCUUGCACAGGAUCUUCAUCGUCGAUAUGGCGAUGUCGUGCGAGUCACGCCGAAUUUGGUCUUGGUGUCUGAUCCAGUGUCGGUCCAUCGGGUUCUCGUGGAAUGGGAUCUGCAUAAAAGUCCUCUUUAUGAGAAGUAUCGCCAGAACCCGCACGUCGCGACGUUGUUUACGGAGAGGGAUAAGGCCAAGUAUCGCAUUAGACGAAGACUGCUCUCGAAUGGAUUCUCCAUGAGCUACCUCAAAGCGCUGGAGCCGCUGAUGCAUGACUGCGUUCAGGUGUUAGAAGAUGUACUGGAAGAGCGCUGCGCUGCUGGCGGUGGAACAGCGACUGUCAAUAUUUAUGAUCUGCUCAGCAGUCUCGCUUCGGACAUCAUGGCCGAGUGCUCUUUUGGCGGCUCAUUCGGUCUCGUUCGCCAAGGCCACCAUCCACUGAAGACAAGAAUCACAAAUUACAUGAAGAAAGCGGCUCUGUACCAAACAAUACCGUUUCUCAGUCUUUUUGGAAAGCCGAGAGAUGAGGAGCUGGAUGCGAUUGUCCAGGGCAUCAUCGACAAACGCCUGCACAGCCAGAAGAAGAGUGAACGAAGGGACCUGCUUGAUAUGCUACUUGAAGCUUCGGCCGAGAAUCCGGAUAAGUUGAGUAUGGAGGACAUCAAGGCCGAGAUGUUUGUCUUUCUGCUGGCUGGAAGCGACACAUCGGCUGUAACUGCGACUUUCUGCCUCAUGAAGCUUCUAGAGAACCCCAGUGCGUACCAGGCACUGAAGAAAGAGCUGGAUGAACUACUGGCAUCGCCGAGCGAUCCAAUUGUCGACGAGAACACUCAUAACUUGCCAUAUCUCAAUGCAGUCAUCCACGAAACACUUCGCAUGCUUCCUCCUGCAGCUGGCGGCUUUGCGCGACAGGCUUUGGAACCUGUGACGGUUGGAGACUACGUUUUGCCCGCUGGUACACUCGUUACAGCAGAUACAACAGCUCUCCACCGCGAUUCACGCGUCUAUCCCGACGCCGAUAAGUUUAUUCCCGAGCGAUGGAUCUCCGGUCAUGGAGGUGAAAAGCCUUCUGAGAAGAAUUGGUAUCCAUUCUCAGCAGGCUCGCGAGUCUGCAUUGGCAAGCAGUAA